CAGUCGCACGCGGAACAAAGAGGCAGUACUUUUUCCGGAAUAUCAAAACACUGGUAUACGUUUGCAUGCGUGUUCCACCUUCUUGCUGUUUCACAUCGUGCGAGCGAUGACGACGAUCUGUGUAUGCCGAAUUUUAUGCAGCCGCGCGAGAGGAAACGUGCUGAAGUACGCGAAGCUGUCGGAGAAGGCGUUCCCGCCGUCGAAGGGCUCGGAUUAUGCGGCGGGCUACGAUCUACGAAGUGCAUACAAGUAUAUUAUACCAGCCCAUGGCAAGGAAUUAGUCAAGACUGAUUUGCAAAUAGAAGUUCCCUUCGGCACGUACGGCAGGAUUGCACCACGAUCUGGUCUAGCAUGGAAAAAUCACAUAGAUGUUGGCGCGGGCGUGAUAGACGCAGAUUAUCGUGGUAACGUUGGUGUAGUCCUAUUCAACCAUAGCAAUGAGGAUUUCGAGGUUGCGCCUGGCGAUCGCAUAGCUCAAUUAAUAUGUGAAAAGAUUACAUAUCCCAAGAUAGAAGAAGUAGAUACUUUAACUGAUACAAGUAGAGGCGCAGACGGAUUUGGUUCUACAGGCAUGAAGUAAAGUGUGAGGAUUUCAGUCUGAUUUGAUUUACGAAGUACUUAUAAAGUUUACAUUAAGCCUUUUCAUACCCUGUAUAAAUAUAAAAUACAUUGAUAUUUUGAUAAAA